GGCUUGUCUCUGGAACCACUACAACCGCUUGGAAACCAGUACAGCAUACGAGCUGGGACCAGAACAAACCAGUGUUCCAACAACUGAGAUAAACCCGUUUUUUAUUAGGGUAUCGGAUAUAUCGGAAGCACCAUGAGUGACGUCAUCACACUGUUGGGGGAACUGGAGGAAGACGAAUGGAACUGUACUGCCUCGCUAAAUUCAUCCGCUUUGAAUUCCACGCUGUACGACAGCGAGAGGAACAUCACCUACUCUCCGUACUACCAGCACUCCCCGCCGGUCGCUGCGUUCUACAUCGUGUCGUACCUCUUCAUUUUCCUGCUCUGCAUGGUCGGGAACGCCCUGGUGUGCCUGAUUGUGAUGAAGAACAAGCGCAUGCGCACUGUCACUAACCUCUUCAUCCUAAACCUGGCGAUCAGCGACCUCCUGGUCGGAAUUUUCUGCAUUCCAACUACCCUGGUGGAUAAUUUAAUUACAGGCUGGCCCUAUGGCAAUGUGGUGUGUAAGCUGAGCGGGCUGGUGCAAGGAACCUCUGUCUCUGCCUCUGUCUUCACGCUGGUGGCCAUCGCAGUGGACAGGUUCCGUUGCAUCGUGCACCCAUUCAAGCCCAAGCUCACCCUGCUGGAGGCUGGCAUCGCCGUGGUGAUCAUCUGGGUGCUGGCCGUGGCGAUCAUGUGCCCUUCGGCGGUCAUGCUGACUGUGAGUCAGGUGCAAGACCACUACAUGGUCCACAACAGCGACUACAACCACACCUACCCCCUGUUCUCCUGCUUUGAGGACUGGCCAGACAAGCAGAUGCGCAGGAUCUACACCACCGUCCUGUUCGGCCACAUCUACCUGACGCCUCUGACCCUCAUCGUGGUGAUGUACAGCCGCAUCGGGGUCAAGCUGUACGAGUCCUCGGUGCCCGUGAGUGACCGCGUGGCGGGGAGGCCCCACCAGCCCCACGCUGAGGGCAGGAACGUGGUCCCCAGGAAGAAAAUCAAGGUCAUCAAGAUGCUGAUCAUGGUGGCUCUGCUCUUCAUGCUCUCCUGGCUGCCUCUCUGGACCCUGAUGCUGCUGACAGACUACGCCACACAGACAGAGGAGCAGCUCAGCCUCCUCACGGGCUACAUCUUCCCCUUUGCGCACUGGCUGGCCUUCUCCAACAGCAGUGUCAACCCCAUCGUCUAUGGCUACUUCAACGAGAACUUCAAGAGGGGCUUCCAGGCUGCCUUCCGCCUCCAGUGGUGCUCCGAGAGGGCGGAGCCCCGGGAGGCUUAUUCCCACAGAGUCACCGCCGGGAACGUGGGGAACUUUGGAGUGCGAAACAAGGUCUACACUGACGGGGACUGCAGCGAUUCCGACUGCCUGACGAAGGAGAGCAGGAUGGUGGCUGGGGGAGGAGGAGGAGGGGGAGGAGGGGGGGCGGCUGUGGCGGGCUGUUCUGGACAGGUUCACGGAGGAGCGUCCAGCGCACUUCAGCCGAUCUUAAAGCAGGGGCUGAACAUCGAGGAUAUUGAUAAAAUCACACCGCUGAGCAGCGGCGUCUGUCAGGCGUGGGAAGGGUAAAGAAAUAGAAAAAAUCUGAAACGCUAAGACGCUGUCAAUAAUGGUGUAUGGAUGGACGAUUCUGCAAGGGGUUUUAGAUUGUUCUUGAGGGAUUCCUCUGCUGUCUUUUAGAUUGUUCUUGAGGGAUUCCUCUGCUGUCUUUUAGAUUGUUCUUGAGGGAUUUCUCAGCUGUGUUUUAGAUUGUUCUUGAGGGAUUCCUCUGCUGUCUUUAGAUUGUUCUUGAGGGAUUCCUCUGCUGUCUUUAGAUUGUUCUUGAGGGAUUCCUCUGCUGUGUUUUAGAUUGCUCUUGAGGGAUUCCUCUGCUGUCUUUUAGAUUGCUCUUGAGGGAUUCCUCUGCUGUCUUUAGAUUGUUCUUGAGGGAUGUCUCAGCUGUUUUAGAUUGCUCUUGAGGGAUUCCUCUGCUGUCUUUAGAUUGUCCUUGAGGGAUUUCUCAGCUGUUUUAGAUUGUUCUUGAGGGAUGUCUCAGCUGACUUUAGUACACUCAGGGACGAUCAUGGUUGAGAUCUGCAGACCGUUGGGAGAGCCUGUUUCUGGUGAAGCUGCUGAUUUGAACCAGCUCCUGCCAAUGCCUCCUACUAAGCGUGCGGUCCAUCUCACUCCUGCAACAGGAGUGAGAUUUUAUACAUAACAGAAUCCACAUCACCCCCUUUAUAUUCCUGAAUACAGAUCGUACUUUAUUUAUUUCACACUAUACAAUUUUUCUAGCAAACUGCUGCAACACGUUGUUUUAAGCAAAUUAUAGAUCUUAAUAAUAUAAUAAUUCAUACUGUGGAAUAUAUUGUGCAACUUUAGGGUUCUUUUAAAGUUUUUAAAUGUCUUAAAAAAAAUACAUAAAAUUGCCUUUUUUUCAGCUUUUAGUAAAAUCUGAAAUGCGAAAGUUCAAAUCACUGUGUGAAAGGAAGUGUUUGACAGCACCUGGAUACACAAUCAUUACACCACAGAAGCACAUCGGCUCGGUGUGCAGUACAGUAGCUUUUCUUUUUAAUGUGGUGGUGGGAACGCAAAGGGUCUUGAGCAGGGCUCGUUGUUUUUAAACAUUUUUUAUAUAUUAAAAAAAAACAAGUUGCCCCUUCAUGAGAGCCCCCCUUCUGGGCGUUGGGCCCCCUUCGAGGCGUUGGGCUCUGGGGAAAUGUCCCCGUCCUCCCCGCCCUCUCGGUGGGCCUGUCGGUACAGUUAUAUCGCUACCACCUCGAACUCCAGUGUGAACAGACGCUGCCAUGCUGUCCCGCUGCGAUACGGUAUAAACAUGCAAGUGAGUCACAUGUUUCAGGUCACUUUAGCAGCCUGCUGAUGGUAUUUCUGAUGACGAUGUAGCUGCAGAAUAUGGAGAAUCUGCAGGAGCUUGUGAAUUCCUGAUUCAGUUAUCCACAGAUUUGGACUGUCUCUAGCAAUGAAUGUAUGUGUGAGAGCUAGUUUCUUUCACUGCACUCCAGGAAGCACAGGUCCCUUUGCAAACUACUGCAUUCAUAUCACCUCGAGAUCUCUUUGCGAUAUUGUAAAGCAGAAUCUACAAGUACUCAAGGUUCUCAGAAAUGUGAAUGGAUAGCCAGAAAAGAACACUUGAGGAAGAAAGAAAACAGAGAAGCUGGAACUAUCACUGCGUUUCCACAGUUAGAGGAGAAACCUCAAAAUGGAGCGAGGUAAACAGUGGUGUACUACAGGGAUCAGUAUUAGGUCCUCUGCUAUUCCUAAUCUACAUUAAUGAUUUAGAUUCUGGUAUAGUAAGCAAACUUGUUAAAUUUGCAUAUGACACAAAAAUAGGAGGAGUGGCAAACACUGUUGCAGCAGCAAAUUGAAGAAGGAAUCUAUGAAAACGACCUAGGAGUUUAUGUUGACUCAGAAAUGUCUUCAUCUAGAUAAUGUGGGGAAGCUAUAAAAAAGGCCAACAAGAUGCUCGGAUAUAUUGUGAAAAGUGAUGAAUUUAAAUCAAGGGAAGUAAUGUUAAAACUUUACAAUGCAUUAGUAAGACCUCACCUAGAAUAUUGUGUUCAGUUCUGGUCACCUCGUUACAAAAAGGAUA